GGUCGCGGCGGCAAUGGCGUUGUCGCGCGCGGAGCGGUGCCUGGCGCUGCUGCUGCGGCUGCUGUCGCGCGCCUGUCUGGCGCUGCUGGGGCUCGUGACGCCCGCCCCGCCGCGCGCCGUCCCGCCGCCGCGCCACGAGCUCCUGCUGCUGCCCGCGCGGCGGCUGGCGGCGCGGCUGCGCGCGAGGGAGGUGACGUGUGUGGAGGUGGUGGAGGCCUACGUGGAGCGGAUCAAGGAGGUCAAUCCCCUCAUCAACGCUGUCGUUAAGGACAGGUUCGAGGAGGCUCUGCAGGAGGCCCGGCAGGUGGACAAGCUGCUUUCGGAGGGCCCUGCCGAUGACUACCUGGAGGAGAAGUUCCCCUUGCUCGGGGUACCCAUCACCGUCAAGGAGGCCUUUUCUCUGCACGGGAUGCCCAACACAUCUGGCUUGGUCAACCGCCGCAAUGUGGUGGCCACCUCGGAUGCCACGGUGGUGUCGCGGCUGAAGCAGGCAGGCGCCAUCCCACUGGGUGUCACCAACUGCAGCGAGCUCUGCAUGUGGUAUGAGUCCAGCAACAGGGUCUACGGCCGCACCAACAACCCCUAUGACCUGCAGCGCAUCGUGGGCGGAAGCUCAGGCGGGGAGGGGGGCGUGCUGGCAGCAGCCUGCUCCGUCAUCGGAGUGGGCUCAGACAUCGGUGGCAGCAUCCGGAUGCCGGCCUUCUUCAACGGGGUCUUCGGCCACAAACCCACCACAGGGGUGGUCCCCAACGACGGCCAGUUCCCCAACGCUCAGGGGGUGCGGACCAGCUUCCUGUGCACGGGGCCCAUGUGCCGCUAUGCUGAGGACCUGGAGCCUAUGCUGAGGGUCAUGGCCGGUCCUGGAGUCAACAAGCUGAAGCUGAAUGAAAAGGUAUCACUGGAGAAAAUUAAAUUCUACUGCAUGGAUCAUGAUGGCGGGUCUGUUUUUGUGUCGCCUGUGGACAAGGAGAUCUUGCAGGCCCAAAAGAAGGUGGUGGAGCACCUCGAAAGCGAGCUGGGGGUCCAAGUUCAGCGCGUGUCAAUUCGCAAGAUGAAGUAUUCCUUCCAGAUCUGGUCAGCCAUGAUGUCAUCCAAGGACAGUGAUGGGCAGGAUGCACAGCUCUUCACUGACCUGCUGGGGGACCACGGGAAGCCGGUGUGGCCGCUGUGGGAGCUGAUGAAGUGGCUGGUGGGAAUGUCUUCCCACACUCUCCCAGCCAUCGCCCUGGGGUUGACGGAGAAGCUGAUGAAACUCAACCCUGGUGGGAAUGCCAAGCUAGUGAGCAUGGGGAAGAGCCUGAAGGAGGAGAUGGAGGCCUUGCUGGGGCCAGACGGGGUUCUCCUGUACCCUUCCCACCCCACCAUCGCCCCCAGGCACCACUCCCCCAUAUGCAUGCCCUUCAACUUUGCCUACACAGCCAUCUUCAACGUUCUGGGCUUCCCGGUGACGCAGUGCCCACUGGGCCUGAGCAGCGAGGGGUUGCCACUGGGCAUUCAGCUGGUGGCAGCCUCCUACAACGACCACCUGACACUGGCUGUUGCUCGGUACCUGGAGAAGGCCUUCGGAGGAUGGGUUGUGCCAGGGAAAGUUUAGCCUCCUGGUGCUGCAUGGUGGCAGGGAUGGAGGCGGUGGUGCCCAGCGAGGCGGCAGCCAGCGCUGCUGGCUGAUCCUGUCAUGGCCUUACCUGCUCUUUCCACAACCCCUUGUGCCCUUCUCGGAGUGACCAGUGGUGCCUCUGGUCCCAGGGAUGCUGGGCUGCUGCUGCCAGAGUUGCCACCUCCCUGUGGCACCCUCUUCCAGGAGAGAGACCUACCUUCCCUCCUCAGUGCUGGGGGCAGCAUCCUGCCUGUGGUGGUGCCUCUCUUCUCCUGGGCAUGGAGCCAGCCGUCUCUGCAGUGCUUGCUGCUUUGACAACGCUGAGUGAAGGCUGGGGAGCGGAGGUGCUGCUGGACUGCUCAGGGACACCCAGCACCACGCUCUGGCCUCGCUGCGUGCAUCUGUCCUUGGCCUUAUCCUGCCUGCAGGGCUAGGGCUGCCCCCGAUGCACCACAGGCUCCCCAGCCUCUGCAGCCCCCCUUGGCUGCCGCAGGGUUCCCCCCACCUCUGUCCAAACAGGGAGAGGGUCUGGGGGCGCCGGGGCAGCUGCACGCUCAUCUCGCCAGCAGGGCUUGGUGGGGUGGAUGGUGCUGGCUCUGCCCGGUGCAUUGCUGGCGGGCAAAGGGAGAAGGAGCUUUUGCUCUUGUGAGCUUUUGACGGCACUGGGAGAGCUUUUUGAAUGCUCCUCUCCAUGUGUUGAGAUGGCGAAAGCAUCUCCUGCCUGUGUUGUCUGUCCCAGGGGAUCACCCAGACUGAUUGGCGUCCCUGUCCCUGCCACCACAUUCCUGAGGUGCCCAGUGCCCACAGAAGGUAGGCAGCUGCCUGUGCCUGGGGCCGGCAGCAGGCGGGAGAUGUUCUCAGCAAGGGUGGUAUUAAAGAGUCUGUCCACUUUG